AGCGUGCGCAGAUUGUAUGGAGUGGGCGCGUAUUGUGCGCAAUUACGCUAAUCGCAGCCCUGCAAUGUCGUGGCCGUGUCGUUAAAAAUCUCGCUGUCGGCUUAGUAACGCCGUUGGGCCAGUUCAUCCGCACAGGAGGCCGAGAUGAUUUCUUCGUCGUUAUUUAAAUUCGAAUAUCGCAUCGAAAAAAAUUUUGCGAAGUUUCGUACGACUGUCUGCUAAAUGCCGACCGCCGUAAACCUCGCGAAUGAAAGGCGUACGGUCGUAUCGAGCAUUUGUGUAACCCGCGUUCGCUUCGAAGGUUGUGUCCACUUUUUUCUUUUUCUCUCUCGUGACUCGAAGGCGCUAGUAAAUUCGAAAAAUCUCGGCGAACCAGCGAUUGCGUUUCUUCGAAAGUGCGGCUUGACUUCAAACAGUCUUUGUUUUGCAUUUCCGCCAUAUUUAAAGUAGCGAGUGUACAAUUAUUGCGACCUUCGGCGGCGGCUUGGCCUUCAAGUUCCGUGUAAACAAGGGACUAAUGAACCUGCCGUAACGUUGAGCGCGGCUCGGUGAUAAGCUGUCUGGGUUCUUCGGCCUAUCUCGCCUUUCCGCGCGGAAGCUACCCCGCCGCAAAAGAUGGAGAGAGAAAUUUUGUUCGGCGAUCGCCUGCACCUUCCUAGCGGCGGUGGCGGCUCUUCGUGCGAAGUCGAACUCCUGAAGCUCCUGCGAGACGUCGACCUCGCCGUUUUGGAGAAGCACCGGCGCUGGAAGACCCGGCUCGCCCACGCUGAGGACGCCCUGGAAAGGCGCGAGGCGGAGCUGACGAGGACGAAGCAGGACCUCGCCUCGAGUCGCGAGGAGGCGUCGCAACUGCGGGACCGCGUCGCGCAGCUCGAGGCGUUGCAGGCCGAUCUGGUGGCCAAAUAUGACCGGCGCAUAGGUGAGCUUAAGGAAGACGUGAGCCGAAUCAAGAAGCGCUACGGAGACCUCAAGGCUGCCGCCGCAGUUGGGGGCUGCCGCGACUGUCAGUCUCGCGGCGCCCGGGCGGCGUCCUCGGAAGCCGCCGACUUCUGGAGGAACCGGGCGGUGGAACUCGAAAAAGAGGUCGCUAGCCUCCGGGAGAGGGCCUGCAGGGACGACAGGGCGGCCAGAAGUGGUAGUACCGCGUCCAGGGAACGCGAUCUGGAACGUGUCGUCUCGGAGAAGGACGGCGUGAUCGACAGACUCACCGAUAAGGUCACCCAGCUGACCAAGCGUCUUCGUCAGGUCGAAAACGCCUCGGCGGCUGCGACGACGCCGGCGGCGGUCGGAAGUUGGGAUUCUCCGGACCUCGUCGAAGAGUACCUCAGGACCUGUCGGGACGACAAGGCGCAGAAGAACGCCGCCGAACUGCGCACCAAGAUCGAAAGACACAUGCAGGAAUUCACGGCCAGAAUGGAGCAGGACAAGCGGACGCUCUAGUUGUAACGUUGCGACGGUGUUUUCUUAUCAACUCGUGUAUUUUGCGUAAUGUUGCGACGGUGUUUUCAUCAACGUGUGCAUUUCGCGGCCCCUUUUCUUCUUUCGGACCAUUGUUUUUAAUUGUAUUUGUCAGAAUAAAGAUAAACUAGAACACCUUC